AUGGCGUCUCUCAACCUUUCCGCCAACGGCCCCUCCAUCAAGAGCAGCUACCAAGCUGUCGUGAGCGGCGGAGCACCCCCCGCCGGCUCCUCCUCCACCUAUGCCCAAUGGGCUCUGUUCUCGGUGCAGGCGCCCCUCGCCAAUGCCUUCCAAGACUCGUCCAACAAGGAGAGCGUUCUCAAGGUCCAGUCUACAGGCGAGGGCGAGCUUGAGGAGCUCAUUGAGGAUUUCAACGAGGGCCGCAUCCAGUUCGCGUUUGUCAAGGUCAAGGACCCGAACUCGGGCCUCCCUAAAUUCGCCCUCAUUGCGUGGUGCGGUGGAGGUGUUCCUGAGCGUACUAAGGGCUACUUUACGAGCCACGUAAAUGCUGUUUCCAAGGUUUUGCACGGCUACCACGUUCAAAUCACCGCCCGGUCCGAUGCCGAUCUCGAACCUGCGACUAUCCUGCAAAAAGUAUCAGAUGCUUCUGGAGCCAAGUACACCGCUGGUGGGAGUGCCCCCGUUACUUCUGGCGGUGCACCUCCCCCGGUGAAAUCAAAGCCCGUAUUCGCUUCUGCGACGCCGGGAACAAUCUCCUUCAACCCUCUGGUGGCUGCCAGGAAUGCAAACCUAAAGAAGAAGGACGACGACGGCUGGGGUGAUGCGCCGGAAGUGUCACGCUCCGAGAUUCAGAAGGUCGAGUCCGCUUACAAGCCCACAAAGGUCAACAUUGAGGAGCUCAGAUCACAGCAGCAGCCCGCAUCAAGAUUCAAUCCAGCUCAACGUGAGGACGCCCCCGAUGUUGUUAGAGGAGCUUAUCAGCCUGUGGGUAAGGUCGAUAUUGCGGCCAUUCGCGCGGCUGCCAAGAACCAGCACGACGACAGACCGACCACUGUCAAAGGCGCUUACGAGCCGGUAGGAAAGGUCGACAUUGCCGCAAUCCGUGCUAAGGCUCAAAAACCAUCAGAGCCAGAGCCAGAGCCGGCACAGGAACCUGAGGCGGCAGAACGGCCCAAGUCACUCGCAGAGCGCUCCGCAGCAUUCAGUCAGUCUGAGCGUAUCACUGAGCUCCCGAAACCCAAGGUCGCAAAGAAAUGGGGUGGCGCCUCUAGCUUCACCGGCACAAAACCACUUACUCCUGGUGCCUUGGGUCUACAUGGUCCAGUGGCAACCCCAGCCGCUGCGCCUGUUGGGUCCGCCAGCCGUACAUUCGCAGACCAGGGCGGCAAGACCCCGGCCCAGCUGUGGGCAGAGAAGAAGGCUGCGCAGGGAGGCAGUGUGCCCCCUGCGGCAACAUCUCCGUCGCCUAUCGCACCUCAGGCAAGUGGUAGCGCCAAUGGUGGAGGCGGCGGUGGCUGGCAGAGCGGUUACUCGGGCAAGAGCUGGGCUACGGUACAAACCGGCUCGUAUGGUCGUGGCAUCCCGGGCCAGAAGACUGGUGACACGGCGACCAGCUCGGAACCUUCUGCGCCUGCCAUCGAGAGCCAGACUUCCGGGUCGAUACGGGAUCGCUUCAAAGAGGUGGCUCCUACCGGAGUUGCCGCUGUUGGAGGCGCUGCUGCGGGCGCCUUUGCUGCUUCUCGGGCGACUGGCGCGGACGAGGACGAGGACAGUGGGCCGCCACCGCCUCCUAUGGGUGCUCGCCCGCCUGUCGAGAGCUCUUCUGGCGCUCCAGCCGGCGGCUUCGCACUUCCCGGCAUGCCUCCUCGGCCACCUCCUCCUACCGACGAAGAGGAAGAAGAGCCAGAGCCAUCGUCGCCUAUCAGGGUUGCCAUGCCCGUCGCACGUGCGCCGGAGCCUGAGAUUGAGCCGGUGCAAGAGCCCCCCGUGUCACUGCCGACAAGGACGCUGGAGCGUGCGGUGCCCAAGGAAGAAGACCUGCCCACCGAAGAAGAGUCCUACGACCCGCGUGCGGCAUCCGAAGCUGUCGCACAGGAGGAGUUUGGGUCUGCCCCCGCCGCAUCGAGCGGCGGAAAGCGUGCUCUGAUUCAGUACGAUUACGAGAAGGCCGAGGACAACGAGCUCGAGCUGCGCGAGGGCGAGUACGUCGAGAACAUUGAGAUGGUGGACGAGGAUUGGUGGAUGGGCACGAACAGCCGAGGCGAGUCCGGCUUGUUCCCCAGCAACUAUGUUGAGCUGGUCGAGGACGCCAACGAUGGCCCGGCGCCUCCAGAGCCACCUGCCGCUUCGCGCCCUCCGCCGCCCCCGGCACCUGCUGCGGAGCCGGAGCCAGAGCCUGCGCCGGCGGCUGCAGGUGGAGCUACGGCGACGGCCGAGUUUGACUACGAGGCUGCCGAGGACAAUGAGCUGAGCUUCCCCGAGGGUGCGACAAUUACCAAUGUCGAGUUCCCCGAUGAGGACUGGUGGUUUGGGCACUACAAGGGCGAUUCUGGCCUGUUCCCGGCCAACUAUGUCAAGCUCGACCAGUGA